AUGCAGGCCGCAGAUGCAUCCGCGGACUCGACUGAGCAGUCCAGCGGGAGAGGAGGAAGUAGAAAGCGCGUUAAAGCUGCAGUGACCCCCCCGGACGGCGUUGACUGUUUAACUGCACACUGUGCAUUGUUUUGUUAUACUACAGAUAUAUUUCAACAUGCACCUUGCUGUCAUUUACUCUUUCUCUCCUCCUGCAGACCCUUAAAGGAAUCCCCAGCUGUAAAAGUAUCCAAAAACAGUCUGGGGACUAAGCCGGACAAGUCUAUAAAGGGCAAAGGGAGACCUCCACGCAGAGCUUCUCGCACCUCACUAGCAACAGCAUGCAAGCCAGAAGCAGAGGCUGAGGCUUCAUCAAGUGGAGAGGAAACAGGUGCCUCUGAAGAAAACAAUAACACGGGCCCAUAUGAUGUCGAUGUCCACGACAGUAUUUCGGAUCCAGAUGCUGCCCUCGAUGAGGACCCUCCAUUCAGGGAUGACCCCAAUGACCUCAUCUGUCCACCCGAGACAAACAUUGAACAAUCGGAGCGGCGUGCAAUGUUGCAAAAGGAGGUCAAGAAAGAGGAGUCGGAUACGGAGGAAGAAGACAUAAAAAAAGAAGAAUCGACUGAGAUUGGCGAGCAAAGUGAUGAUGGAGCAGGCGAUGCCACUGAGACACCCAGGAAGAGGGGGAGAAAACAAAAAGAUGACAAAGCCUCCCGGCCACCAAAACGGAGGAAAAAGCCCACAGUGCAGUAUGUCCGUUGUGAAAUAGAGGGCUGUGGGACGGUCCUCGCACACCCACGUUACUUACAGCACCAUAUAAAAUACCAGCACCUGCUAAAAAAGAAGUACAUGUGUGAUCAUCCCUCGUGCGGACGCUUGUUUCGUCUCCAGAAGCAGCUGCUGCGCCAUGCCAAACACCACACAGAUCAGAGGGACUACAUCUGUGAGUUUUGUGCUCGAGCCUUCAAGAGUUCCCACAACCUGGCUGUGCACAGGAUGAUCCACACAGGGGAGAAGCCGAUACAGUGCGAGAUCUGCGGCUUCACCUGCUGUCAGAAGGCCUCCUUAAACUGGCACAUGAAGAAGCAUGAUGCAGAAGCCUCCUACCAGUUCUCUUGCUCUAUUUGCAACAAAAAGUUUGAGAAAAAGGACUCGGUUAUUGCCCACAAGGCCAAGAGCCACCCUGAGGUGCUCAUCGCCGAAGCCUUAGCAGCCAAUGGGGGCUCGGUGAUAAGCAGCCCGACCAUUGUCCCAGAGUCAGUCCCGACGCUCUCUCACACUGAUUUAAUUAGGGGAGGCCAUUUUGAAAAUUUCAAGGGAGCGCCACUGAGCCAUUUUGCGAAAUUCUUUGACGAAACCACCAGAAUUAAAUUCGACGGGGAGCCUUGGUACCAUUCGGCGGAGUUCAAUUGA